CGUUUUUCUAGUCCGUAUUGACUAUACGGGUAUUGCAACUCUGCAGUUGAUGAUCACAUCUGAGGGGUAGAGCGAAGAACCAAUUGUGACUUGUGCUGAUUGCCCCCUCCCCCGCCCCGCUUGGAGUCUUCUGUCAUUCUCCCUCUCCCUCAACUCACCGUUUUCCGUCACCCUCUCACCUCGUUCACCCUGUUCUUUUACCCUUGGUUAUUCUGAUUUAUUAAUCAUUUUUUCAUUUUUUUUUUUUUUUUUUCUCUUUCGCGCUAACGGUACCUUACUUUUCCCAGCCAGCUUCCAGAAGAUCCGCCGCGAUGGAUCCUAGGCUUGCACCCUGCGCGGAUCCUUUAGGAUCGCAGCGAAGCUCAACCUACGAUGAGGUCACCCUUUCUACGUCUAUCAACCCUCUUAGUUUCAUACCCUCUGUGAUUCACCCCCUUGAACCCGGGUAUCACUAUGGUAGCCUACGAUUGACUUGACCGUGUUGAGGACGAGGAUAUAAGGUCUCUCGCCGGCGCUGCGGCGGGAAGCUGUUAUCCCGCCACAAUCCUCCUUGUACCCUUUGAAGCCUAUUACCGCUGCUAUCCACCGGCAUCUAUUCAUUCCUCACCAACACCUUACCUAUUACGAAGAUGAGCUCCAAGAACCCUGAUCUCCUCGAAUUUGGCUCGCAGUUCAGUGGUAUCAAGACCACCGGAUUCCCAGACCAGCUCUCCUUUGCCGAUAUCAAACCCAAGCUUGGCUCGACCAAAAGCUCCCCUCUCCCUUCCCUCUCCGCUCUUAGGGAGAAAGGGAGCAACUCACCGUCAUGGCCCCCCCUCAGCGCCUCCAAGUCCAGGAGAUCGACGUAGCUUCGGCUACGCUUCGAAUCUCUGCACCUACCGUGCAGGUGCUCAAGUGUUUGUCGCUGCGAUGGCUCUUUUUUCUUUUUGUUCUAUACUGAGAGCAACUUUGACGUGAUGUGACAAUACGAAAUGGGCGCUCGAGGGGUUUCGGAACGGUCGGACUUGAUUACUCGGAUCUUGGAUUUUGAAUUCUGGAUUCUGGACUUUGAUUUCUUUUUGGUUACCUGGUGACUGGGAUUGGUGUUUUGGGAAUGGAGAAUCUGCAUACACGCAAGGCGUACACCAAAAGUGCUAAACCACCGAUGUUGAAGCAGUUUGAUACACGAUCAUGGAAGAUCAAUUGAUCACCGAGAAUUUCCAGGCACCCAAUGGCAAGCACUGAUACCUCUACACCGAACAUUCCUUCAUGAGCACCACGACUUUUUUCUUGCAUCUCAACAUCCCUCUGCAAGUGCGGCGUUGAGGCUUCUUGCCGAGAAAUAUGCCAUGCCGGCGCGAAUGUGGAGACAUGGCAUUCAUUCGUUUUUGGAGCUACUUCGACAACAGCUGCCGGGGUUGGGCCUUGCCGUCCGCCCUGCCGACAGAAGCUGGAGUUUGAAGACAUUGGGAAUCCACAUGGCUCUGGGGAGUCUUGAAUGUCUUGGUAUUUGCUUUUGUCUUUGAUUCUUUUCACUUGUGGUUCUUAUUCUUUGUGAUUAUCUCCUUUGUGAUUCUUUUCUUUGUGACCUUUGUGUUUCUACAUCUUCUUUAUUGUAUUAUCCCCCCACUCCUACAUAGACGUACAACAUAUACCGUGAAUUUAUGCAUUGCAA